UAAAGCGCAUGUUACGUGAUUAUUUUUAUCUCUAUCGCUCGUAGAGGCGCAUCUAGUGAUGUCUCUUUUCCUCUUUGCGUGACGUAAGGCGCCCGCGCACUUCGAACCGAACAAACAGUGCUCUCACUCGUCGCGUAAAUAUCGUGUGAUUAUAACGCUGCAUUUCAUCAUAACAUUACAGUAUUGGAACUAAAUAAGACAUUAAUAAAAAUUCAAUUAAUUUGUGAUUGUUAAAAGAAUUAACAAUUAUUGUCUGUUCAUCUGUUGGUCAUUGUUUAACAGUUUAGAAGGGAUUAAGAAAUUGGCACGAAGGUUACGGUUUCCUCACAAUGGACGCAACAAUGGAAAACAAAAUGGGUUUGCCGCCUCCAUACGAAUCGACGACGACGUUCCCGGCACCGCCUCCGUCAUACUUCGGCAGCAAUCCACCACCACCCGGCAUGAAUGUUCCUACUGCGCCACCCAGGACUACAGUCAUCACCUCUCCACCUACAGUCACAGUGGUACAGCCAGGAAAAUUAGGGCCGGGCCCUACGGGUACCACGUGCGCCACAUGUAACAAGUCCGUAGUAACGAGAGUUGAAUACGUAGCAAACAAUCGGACACACAUCGCUUCCGCAGCUCUUUGCAUUCUAGCUGGGUGCUGCUGUGGAUGCCUCAUACCUUACUGCAUGAGGUCAUGCAAGACCACCAAUCAUUACUGUCCUUCAUGCAAAGCUUUCAUAGGCACUCAUAUGCCAUCGUAAAUGAAGACUGCCUAUCAAAACAUAUCAGGGUCAAAUAUCUCGAAAGUAUUAAAAAUAUAUAUUGAAUCUUUUAUGCAAAUACUGUGGUGCGUAAUAAUAAGUCUAAAUGUUAUUUAUACAUAUAGAUAUAAUACUAUAAGAAAAGAUAUAGAUACUUAAGUAUUGACAAUAGGUCUUGCCUUAUUUUUAUGUCGCUUUUGUAUCAUAUUACAUGGUGGAAAACGUAAACGCGGUAUAAUUUGUCUGUUCUGUAUUGCAAAACCUAAUGUAUAAUUUUAUUAUUAUACAUUGAGUUUUACAAGACUUGAUUGAUUAGGCAAAAAAGUGUAUAUUAUUCUAGUGUAAUACCUUUCAGAUCUAGGCAUACAAAACUGCUACACUUGUUAACGAAUACGUACAUACCUAUUUACAUUUUUAUCAGAUGUACACGCUUGGAAUGAUGAAUCUCUAUAAUUGAAAUGCAUAUUGUUUAUGUAUGCUCCGUACAUAAACGACACUUCCCUUAUAUUUAAAUCAUCUACUGUAUAUCGAAUCUACAUAAUGUGCCGAUUAUCUAUCCUAUUUUCUGCCAACGCAAUGUGUGUGAUUUAAUUAUGGAUCCUAUUUCAAAAGACAUUUAAAUGAAUUUCAAUGGUAAGAAGAAAACAGAUUGUAAUUAGAAUGUAAAAUCACAAAGACUGCACUACUAUAGCUUCUCAUAUCAAGCGCAUAUUGUGCCAAAGAUGAAGUACUUGGCCUCGGCGGCAAAUUUUAUAAAAUAUCUGGAAUCAAUCCUACUAAUGUUAUAAAUAUUUGAAUGUUUGUUAGUUAACCCUUCUUUGCAUGAUUUUUUUUUAUUAGUGAAAUAAUUCAAAGUGAUAUAAUUCAUAUUAAAAAUUAAAGGAAAAAUUGUUAAAAAAUAAAUUUGACAGCUAUGUUUUUUUUCUGCAAUGGACAUCCAGGACAAAGGGUAUCCAGACACGAUCAAUUUAAGGUGAACUUGUUCUUUUAUAUAAUUAUUGGGCAUUCAAUGUUAUGAUCGAAAUUUCCACCAUUAUGCAAAGAAGGGUUAAUCACAUGUAAAGUACUGAAAAAAAUAUAAUUGUAUUUAGUAGACAAAUUGACUAUAUUUUAUAUCUGCUUACUGUCGGAAAAUUAGGAGACCCAAUUAUAUUUCAUGUGGAAAUGAGCUAAGAAAAAAAAUAUCAACAAAUAAAGACAA